GUAACUUCAAGUGCGGAGUGGCCUGGCCGAUGUUACAUAUACUCACUGUCGUACCAGCAAUGGACCUCGAUGACCCCAAAGCCCUAUGCGACACACACUUCCAGUAGGGAAUCAUUCGUCAACUCGUCAAGAUGAUGGACAGACGCCCCCAAGACUCGAUGAAGUCCACCUGGCGUGGCGACAAGACUCAGUGGCGCUUUCCACACAAAUUUCUCGUCUUCAUCGAUGCCUUUCACUCACAUCCAGGCCAAGAGGUUCCCAUACAUGCCAAGACAGACAAGCUUCCCUACAUGACUGAAUGGUCAGUUCAUCUCUGGAUCCUCUUGCACGCAGCAUGGCCUAUGGCGCUUCAGCAGAUGUAUAUUUCCUACACAGGACAUGACCUCCACUGGCUUGCUGUCUUCCUUCUUUACACCGUAGCGAUGCAGAUCAAUUCAAUCCACGAAGUCCGACUCCUUUCACGGCUCGGUUACAAGUACGGCUAUCUGGACGGCGACAAGCACGCUCGCGACGAGGUGCCUGAUGUCGGUGUAGCCAAGACACUCACAUCGUUGGAGUUGACCACCUCCGUCCGACCCAUGCUGGCAAUCUUCUUCUCCUUCCAAAGAAAUGCCACCGCUCUCCAACUCAGCCCCUGGCUCAUCGUCGAACUGGGCCUCUACGGCAUCGUACUCGACGGAUUCUUCUACCUCUACCACCGCUCCUGCCACGAAAUUGAUUCCCUCUGGCAAUACCACCGCACCCACCACCUCACCAAACACCCCAACCCCCUCCUCUCCUCCUACGCCGACCAUGAGCAAGAACUGCUCGAAAUCGCCCUCAUCCCCCUCGCCACCUGGGCCGUCCUCAAAUACGUCUUCCACCUGCCCAUGGGCUUCCACGACUGGUGGAUCUGUCACGAAUACGUCAUUUUCGCCGAAGCCUACGGUCACAGUGGACUUCGCAUUUACUCUCACGUCCCCUCGACGGCGUCUCCCCUAUUGAAGUAUUUUGGUAUGGAAUUGAUCAUUGAAGAUCAUGAUUUGCAUCAUCGCAAGGGUUGGAGGAAGAGUCAGAAUUAUGGCAAACAGACGCGCUUGUGGGAUACGUUGUUUGGCACGUGUGGGAAGCGGAUUGAAGUGACUGAGGAGACGGUGGAUAUGAAUUAUACGUUUAAUAUGCCUUUGUAUUGAGUUGGGUUUUGGUUUUGGUUGUGGUUGUGGUUGUGGUGAUGAUGAGGAGGAUGAAGAGUGUCUCGAUGUUCUGAUUUCCAUGAGGGGAGAAAGAUAGAGUGUGAGGUGUGUGAGAGUACUGGAUUUUGUUUUUGUCUCUGGGCUUUUUCUUUACAUGAUACCCACAAUUCAUUGCCCCUUGGAGUUUUUUCGUUCGCACCUUACAUAUAGC